GAGGCCUUCCGUCAUCAUCACUUCCUGCUGGCUUUAAUACCGAGAUGUGUACCGACGGACAAUGUGUCUCAACGUUUUGUGAUAAAUAAUUCCACAGAGGCUUUAUGUUGCAUAUGGAUUCAGAAGGACUAACAUGAAAUAGUAUUGAUGGGAUUAAUGGAUAAGGAUUGUAUCCCUAAGGCUGAAGAUCUGGAGUAGGACACUAGUUUUGUUAGGGUGGUUUAUGUGUUCACCUGGUUCUAACAGUCAAUACCAACAUUCAAUAUCAUGGUCAAGUACUUUUCAGGGAGUGAUGGCCGGAGAUGGUGGAGCAGGCUACCAGGUUCUUCCCGUAAAUCAAAUACGAUGGACAGCGAUUCAGAGGAUCAGUAUGGAGAAGAUGAUACCGAUCAUAACGAUCAUCGGAUUGGCAUGGACGGUGACGAGCCCCUCACCACCUCCACACCGCUGUAUUCCCAAGGCAAGAAGAAGAAGAAAAGGCCGGGUCUGUGGAAGCGCUUCAAGCACAAAACCAAACCCAUGCGCAAGAUCAGCACCCAGGUCAUGGAGAAGGCCCACCACAAGUCGCACGGUCACUCCGACGACGAGAACAUCUCCUCGGCGAGAUCCCGCUCUUUCGUCUCCAAGUCAGAACCGCAACUCCACCAUGACUCUAAGAACUACAACUCGCUUCCGCGUUCCCACCGAUUCGGUGGAUCGGUCAUCGAUCGCACGAAACUGUUUGUUGAAACUGAUGGUAGGCAAACGUACUCCAGUGAUUCGGACACUGGUGGCGCCAGGACUAAUGGUACUGGUAUUGUUAGAAGAUCUAGUUCCUCGUCUUCCAGGAAAAUCUUGUCUUUCGAUGUGAAUAGUGAGUCUAGGCAUUCUAAGAGCCUACCCACAGAUGGAGAAUUAGAUAUGGAUGUGCCUCAACUUGCUGCAUCGGUGAGUACACUUGACUUCCUUUUGAAAAUAAUCUGCAUUUAUUGUAUUGAAGGAGAUGUCAAACAAGAUAUAGUCAGUUGCAAUAGAAGCAGAAACAUGAAUACAUGUAGAAUAAAAGGGAGGAACAUAUUCCUAAGGAAAUCUUUAGUGUUUUGAAUAAAGAAGUGAGUGAGUGUAAAUUUAAACAGAAUUUUCAAUUUGUGUUUGACUGAUCAAUUCUUAAAGAACCUCAAACACAAUCCUUUAUGUAUUGGCUCUCAAUUGCCUUUUCAUCUCUCUUUUUAUUCAAUCAUACACAGUUUUGUUAGAAAAUACACUGCCUUCUCAAUUAUUAUUCCAGAAAUUUUGGAGAGCCUCCUCAGUUUCUGUCCUCUAGACUCCUCUUUGAUUAGCAAUUACAUGUACUUUAUUCCUUACUAUUCCUAAUGUGGUGAAACAUGUACUUAGUAUCAAUUUUUAAAACUUGAUAAAUUAUGCUGUUUCAUUAUGCCACCGCUGUGGUGCUGUCCACCCUAUUCCACACGAACAGCUUUCGCAUGUGACAGAAUCAAGAAUCAAUAAUUUUCUCUCUCACUCAUUGGAGUUUCCUGAAAAAUGGUAAACUGCCGAUUCGUCUAUUGCCAACUCGUCCAAUCAUCAUAUGGCCUACCUUCAUUUAGUCUAAUGCCAGUCUGUCCAUCAUCAUUUCGUCUAACAGCCAUUUGGUCCAAUAAUCACUUCAUGUAUAUGUAAUCACCAAUUCGUCUGACCAUUUCAUCCCAAAACCAGUUGGUCUAAUACCCAUUUUCUUUUUAUUCAUUUUGCCCAAUUAUCAUUUCAUCCAAUGAGACCAAAUGGUAUAUGGACUGAAUGGCUAUUGGACAAUUGGUUAUUAGACAAAAUGGUGAGUGGACGAAAGGGCAAUUAGACCAUUUGGAUAGUGGACGAACUGAUUGUAGACCAAAUGAUAGUAGACCAAAUGAUAGUUGGCAAAUUUUUAUUGGAUGAAUUGGCAUUAGACCAAUCGGAAAUAAAGCCCUGAAAACAUGCCAAAUCAGGAAAUGAAUGCUGCACGUGAGUAGGCUUGGAUGGAUAAUUCUUUAAUCAUUGAAAGGAAAAAGUAUGUAGGUUUGUGCUUUUGUGUUUCUGUAUUAAACCCUUAAAAGUAUGAGAGGAUGGAAUUGCAGCACAAAGCAACGGGGAUGGUUGAGAAUUCUCUUUGAUGUGCCAAAUCAAUAACAAAUACAUUGUAAUGGUCUUUCAAGAUGUCAGACAUGAAAAAGUAUUGUUUAAUGAUUAAUUUUCCUUUUCAAAUAGCGAUUGCAUGUUUUUGUUUUUAGAGAUAUCAUUUCGUCUGGCGGUCAUCCAAACCAUCAUAUCACACAUAUGACGGUGCUAACCCAUUUCAGAGAAAAUCUACUUCGAUGUUAAUUAUAAGUUUCACACUUAGUUCCCGAGCCUUACAACAUAUUCAUUGCCAGAAAAAUACAUGAUUGGAAAGACCAAGAUAAAUGCUUGACAUGAUUCUUAUUUUUACACAAAACCAAAGAUUGGAGAAAAUAUUGCAGAAGAGCUCCAUGCUUGUAAUUUUGGUUUGAGUGGUUUAGAUUUCCCCUGUACAAAAACGCCAUACGGGAUACAACAACCCUGACUGCGAUUUCAAUGCGCGCGGUCAGUCAAAACGUUGUAUUGCUUUUCAUGUGCAAAGUCAAUUCAGUGUGGAUGGCCAAUACAACGGUUGGCUGACUGCGUGCAUUGAAAUCGCGGUCAGUCAAAACGUUGUAUCACUCUGCUACAGUACACGUUUUCAAUGGGAUUUGCGCAUUUUAUUAAAAAUUUGUAUGACAUUGCCCUGAAAAUCCCCUCCUAUCUCAGACACUUAAAAAAAUUGCUGCCUAGAAAUUUAGUUUUGAAUAGAAUAGGACUGGUACUUUCAUUUUCUGCAAAAAUCUCAAAAUCAAUUUUUUUUUGGACCAAAAUUGACCGAUACAAUGGUUUGGAUGAACACCGACGAUGUUAUAGAUGAUGAUUAUUGAGAGACAUAAAAUUCACCCCAUGGGUCGUCUUCUGUAUCUUCCUGUACAUGUUCAGUUUAAAUGUCCUGGAUUUUUCCCUGAACUUGGCCCAAAAGCUCAUUCUGGAAGUUGUCAAGGUUAAUUUCCAUAACAUUUCAAAGAAUAUCACCUUAUGUGCCAGGAAGGUGUCUCCAAAUCAUCACAGAAAAUCACCAAGCUUGAAAUUAAAACACAUAAAUCACACAUAUCAGGUAGAUGCUGGUAAUAUAUCCAGCUGAGGAGUCAAGAUUACAUAAAAGAUUGAAAAGAAAAAUUAUGUAAAUAAGUAUAAAGGUAUCCUUUAUAAUAAUAAUAAUAAUACAUAACAUUUAUAAGGCGCUUACUACUGGUGUUUCUAAGCGCUCUGUGUUCUGUUAAUGGUUUGUACUUGGGUU